UCUCCCCACUAUCUUUCGCUAAAACACUCCCAUUACCACCCUGGUCCUUGGACUUCAUAUUGCCCAAGAUGCCUCCCCGGAAGCAGUGGAUCGACAAGAAAAACGCAACCACCUACCAACUCUUCCACCGCUCCCAACAUGACCCUCUCAUUCACGAUCCCAGCGCUGACGACCGCGUGCUCGCCCCGGUAUCAGGCCCUGCACCCAGCAGCAGCAGCAGCGGCGCCCAUCGGGGUCAGGACCUGGCCACGCUAAGCCAGCAAUUCGGCACGGGCGCCGUCCGCAAAAACGAAGGCGAGGCGGCCAACUACGGCAUUUUUUACGAUGACACCAAGUACGAUUACAUGCAGCAUCUGCGGGAGCUGGGCACGGGCGGCGGCGAUGCGCACUUCGUUGAGGCCCGGACCAAAGCCGCCCCGGGCAACAAGGGCAAGAUGAAGCUGGAGGAUGCGCUGCGGCAGGUGUCAUUGGACGAUGAGGAGCAGCGGAGCGAGUUCGGCGGGGGCAGCUACGCCCCUAGCGUGUACAGCGAGAUGCGCUCCACGGCGUCGACGUAUUCCCGCAAGCCCACCUACCAGGACCAGCAGAACGUGCCGGAUGCGAUCGCGGGCUUCCAGCCUAACAUGGACCCCCGCCUGCGCGAGGUGCUGGAGGCGCUGGAGGACGAGGAGUACGUUGAUGAUAACGAUGAGGAUUUGUUUGGGCAGUUGACCACGCGCGCGGAGGAGAUGGAGCAGGGCGACUGGGAGGAUACAUUGUAUGAUGAGUUCGACGAGGAGGACGAUGGGUGGGAGUCGGACGCGACGGAGAAGGCGCCUGUGCAGACGGAUACGACGGCCGCCAAGGCCCAAUAUGAGAGGAGAGUUGCUGAGUCCGGCGAGGAAAUGCCGGAGCAUGACGCUCCGGCGCCGGACAUGCAGCCCGAGGAUCAGGGCUGGAUGCGUGAGUUCGCCAAGUUCAAGAAGGACGCAAAAGCUGGCGGUAAGGCUGUCGCACCGGCCGCGGCUCCGAGUGUUGUGCCUUCGGAGCAGCAGAGCACGCUGGCUUCCACCGUGUUCACGGUCGGUGGUACGCCUAUCCGACGCAAGAAGCGCAAGGGUGCGUUGACGAACCCGUCCGCGUACUCGAUGACCUCCUCGGCGUUGGCGCGGACCGAGGGCCACCGGUUGCUGGACGAUCGCUUCGAGCGGGUGGAGCAGCUGUACGCUCUGGACGAGGAGGACGAGUUCGAUGAUAGCAUGUCCAUGGUCAGCGGCAUGACAGGCAUGACGUCCAUGACGGGCAUGUCGGCCAUCUCCGAUGCCCCUAGCCUAGUCGACGCCAACGGACAGACUGUCAACCCCCGCCACAACUUCACCUCGGUCAUGGACGACUUCCUGGCAGGCUGGGAUGACAACACCGGUUCCCAGGCCAAGCGCAAGGGUGUCAAGUACAAGCGCGGUAAGCACGGCAACGAGGCGAUUGGCAUCCGGAUGCUGGAUGAGGUGCGCCAGGGCUUGGGUCCCGCUCGUGUCAGUGGCGGUUCCGGACGCCUUUCCGGCCGCGCGUGAGGUGGAUCAGAGUGGUGAAUUACACUGCUGUUAUUGUGUGUGUGCAUGCGUUCCAUGAUUGCGACGAUACCUUUCCCCAUGGCAUGUUCUCUGGCUUGGAAAAGAAAAAUUUGCGGGCUUAUCCAUAGGCGUCCCGGUGUUAUUGUCAUUUUUCCCAUCUUGCAUAGUAGAUAGAUUCUUAUUUGACGGCCAAAAAAGGUCUGCUCUGUUGCUUCAUACAUCUCAUCCUUUUUAGAUGAUAUAUAUCCGGUUUCAGAGGCUAUCUGGAUAUCUGUUCAUGAGAUUAACUGUACAGGACAUCAUUGAUAAUCAUAC